AUGCGGAGCCUUGCUCCCAUGGCAAAGCUUUCGCGAAACCUCAGACUAUCACGAAGACCAUUCUCAUCAACAAGACCUGCAGCUCGAAUAAUUGCCAGUCAGCCUCUUCGAGCAACAGAAGCCUCUCCCUUUGUUUCGCACAAGUACCCCGUUGUGGACCAUGAGUAUGAUGCCGUCGUGGUUGGCGCUGGAGGAGCGGGCCUGCGUGCAGCCUUUGGACUGGCCGAAGCGGGAUUCAACACCGCUUGUGUAUCCAAACUCUUCCCUACCCGAAGUCACACUGUCGCCGCUCAGGGCGGGAUCAAUGCUGCGCUUGGGAAUAUGCACAAGGAUGACUGGAAAUGGCACAUGUACGAUACGGUAAAAGGCUCCGACUGGCUGGGUGACCAAGAUGCAAUUCAUUAUAUGACGAGGGAAGCACCACAGUCCGUUAUCGAACUUGAAAGCUAUGGAUGUCCGUUCUCCCGAACAGAGGAUGGCAAGAUCUACCAGAGAGCUUUCGGCGGACAAACACAGAAUUACGGCAAAUCUGGUCAAGCAUACCGAUGUUGUGCUGCAGCAGACAGGACAGGUCAUGCAAUGCUACACACGCUCUACGGUCGAUCGCUCGCGUACAACACCAAUUACUUUAUCGAGUACUUUGCAAUGGAUCUGUUGAUGGAGGACGGCGAAUGUAAGGGUGUCAUCGCUUAUAACCAAGAGGACGGGACGCUGCACAGAUUCAGGGCACACAACACAGUGCUGGCUACUGGAGGCUACGGAAGGGCAUAUUUCAGCUGUACGUCUGCCCACACAUGCACAGGUGAUGGCAUGGCAAUGGUUGCUCGUGCUGGGCUGCCGAAUCAGGAUCUGGAAUUCGUUCAAUUUCAUCCUACUGGUAUCUACGGAGCUGGUUGCUUGAUUACCGAAGGCUCGCGGGGUGAGGGUGGGUAUCUCCUGAACUCCGAAGGCGAGCGAUUUAUGGAAAGAUACGCACCCACAGCUAAGGAUCUUGCAUCGAGAGAUGUCGUAUCACGUUCGAUGACCAUGGAAAUUCGAGAAGGUCGAGGUGUCGGACCAGACAAGGACCAUAUCUAUCUACAAUUAAGUCACCUGCCUGCUGAGGUCCUACACGAACGUCUUCCGGGUAUCUCCGAGACUGCCUCCAUCUUCGCCGGUGUCGAUGUCCGCAAGCAGCCUAUUCCCGUUAUCCCAACCGUGCACUACAACAUGGGCGGUAUCCCCACCAAAUACACUGGCGAGGUCUUAACGGUAGAUGAGUCCGGCAAAGACAAAGUCGUUCCAGGCCUAUUUGCCUGUGGCGAAGCAGCUUGCGUGUCGGUGCAUGGAGCUAACCGCCUCGGCGCGAACUCACUGCUCGACUUGAUCGUAUUCGGUCGAGCCGUAUCACACACGAUUCGAGACAACUUCGAUCCAGGUCGGCCUCAUUCCGACAUCAGCGCUGAUGCGGGAAGUGAGUCCAUCAACGUACUGGACCAAGUACGAACCGCCAAUGGUCCGAAGACCACAAGCGAUAUCCGAUCCCAAAUGCAAAAAGUCAUGCAGACCGAUGUCAGCGUAUUCAGGACACAGGGCUCACUAGACGCCGGGGUAAAGGAAAUCGACAAAGUGGACAAACUCUUCGAGCAGGUCGGUACCAAAGACAGGAGUAUGAUCUGGAACACCGACCUAGUCGAAACCCUAGAGCUAAGAAAUCUUCUCACUUGCGCAACACAAACCGCCGUAGCAGCCGCCAACCGCCAGGAAUCCCGCGGCGCACACGCCCGAGAAGAUUUCCCCGAACGAAACGAUGACGAGUGGAUGAAACACACCCUCACCUUCCAGAAGAAACCGCAUGGCAAGGUGGACCUGGGCUAUCGCAGUGUGGUGGGAACGACGUUGGAUGAGAGUGAAUGCAAGCCUGUGCUGCCCUUUAAGAGAACUUACUAG